AUGCUCCUGCCCUCGCCGAUCGAGACGCUGAAGCGGCUCAGCUCCGCAGAGGCCCGCGAGCUGCAGCGGGAGCUGCUGGAGCUCGCCUUCGAGCAGGACCCGCAGGUCGUCGUCCGGCGCUCGCUCGACCUUGCGCGUGCGGUCCGCGUCGUCGGCUCCGAGACGGUGCAGGGCCUUUCCUCGGCCGCAGCUGCGCCAGAGCCGCCCGUGAUCCUGCGGCGGAUGUGCGAGGAGCUUGGUGCGACGUACGUCAAGCUCGGGCAGUUCAUUGCGUCGUCGCCGACGCUCUUCCCGCCCGAGUACGUGCAGGAGUUCCAAAAAUGUCUCGACGCGACGCCGCCGAUGCCGUCCGACGUCAAGGAGAUCGUCGAGGCGGAGCUCGGCCGUCCCAUCGGCCAGGUCUACGCGUCGGUCGACGAGACGCCUCUGGCUGCCGCGUCGAUAGCGCAGGUGCACCCCGCUGGCCACGGCCCGGAGCGCGGCACAGUGCACGCGGCCAGGCUGCUCAGCGGGGAGGACGUCGUUCUCAAGGUGCAGAAGAAGGGCGUGCAAGGGAACACCUCUCGGAGCCGCCCUGCAGGCGUCGUGACCGCCGAGCUCUCGGACGUGGCGCAGCGGACGGAGCAGUUCGCCGAGUUCCUCGCUCGCUCGCCGGAGCUGGACGGCGUCGUCACCGUGCCCAAGGUGUACCGCGCCGCCUCCGCCUCGCGGCUGCUCACGCUCGAGCGCCUCUACGGAGUGCCGCUCAUCGACCUCGAGUCGGUGCGCAAGUACCAGCCGCAGCCUGAGCUGGCGCUCAUCGUCGCGCUAAACACGUGGGUGAGCAGCGUGCUGACCAACGAGUGGUUCCACGCAGACGUGCAUGCCGGCAACCUGCUCGUCCUCACCGACGGCCGAGACUUCCCUGCAGGCCGGGUCGCCUUCAUCGACUUUGGGAUCGUCGGCGCCAUCCCCGCCGCCACCGCGGAGGGGAUGCUCGACUUCGUGCGCUCCUUCCCGGCGGGCGACAUGGCUGGCGUCGGCCGCGCGCUCGAGAAGAUGGGCUUCACCAAGGAGCUCUCGGAAGAGCAGUCCGCCGCCUUCGCAAAGGACAUCGGCGAGGUCAUCGCCUCGAUUGACAGCAUGACCGCCGACAUCGCGACCACCGCGAGCGCGGGCGCCGCCGCGAGCGCCAUCGACGAGACGCAGCUGAACCGCGCGGUCGCUGCCGUCGCGCGCGUCGCCGAGGGGUACGGGAUCCGCUUCCCGCGCGAGUUUGCGCUCCUCAUCAAGCAGGUCCUGUACUUCGACCGGUACACGUCUCUGCUCGCGCCCGGCCUCGACGUGCUCAACGACGAGCGGCUCUCGAUGAACCGGCCGCCGGGCGACGGCGGCGUCUCUAGUGUCGAGGGCGGUAGUGUUGCCGUUGAGGUGCUGCCGCCGGAGGACGAUGCGGAGUGA